UCAAGGACGUGGUGGUACCAACACGGCCGGUUUACCGCGCAACGCAAAACGUAUGCGCUCGAAGAUUCCUGCUUGCAGGAAAAAUUGUUCAAAGUGCUAGAGCACGCGCUGUGCGAAGAGGAUUAUCGAACGCAAAACAUGGCUUACGUGAGAAAGCGGUAUUGCCCAAAAGAGAAGCGGCUUCGUGGCAACGAGGAGAUGGCGCCCGCGCGCGACUUUGCGUCCGAUGGAAAAUUCAGUUUUGUGAAGAAAAUGCUGGCGAUGCCGUACAAAAAAAAGCUGCGUCGGGAAGAAGUUGAUGACACGGCUCUGCAUCAAGGACGCCCGAAGCUACAAGAAGAUAAAGAAAGUUCCGGUCCUCCUGCUACCUUUCUCGGUUUUCUCGCACAGAAGAAGACUCUUCAGGCAAUGCAGCGGCACGUAGAAGAAUUUUCCCGAGAAACGUAUGUGCAGUAUCGGAAUAAUAACAAGGCUAAGUACCGGAAAAAGGUGCAAGCGGUAAUGCUCGCGACGGGGAAGAAAUGGACGGAAGUCCAAGGAACGCUCCGCCAGAUGAGUCUUGGUGCUCAGCAGAACGAGCAAGGAAGAAAUCAUCCAGGGCUAUUAAGCCAGAAGAGCACCGCUGCGAGAAGCAGCAAGCGCUCGGUGCUGCCGACGAGGCUGCGGAGCGGGCCAUUGUCGUUGCACAAAAGGCCAUCCAGCCGCAUGGCGACAAAGAGCCAGGUGAAAAAAAGUAGCGGGUCCCUCAGUCAGGCUUCGAAGAGCGACAUCAACAGGGUUCGGAAAGAAACCGCAACACAAUCACAAGCGAUAGCAAAUAGAGGGCCGCCGGGUCAGCUGGGCAGCAGUUCCUCCAAAGCGAAUAUGAGCGCCAGUGCGUCGAGCAAAAAGAGCACUAUUUUUCCCUUCGCAAGUCAAAACAAGAAGCAGCCGUCUCUUUUGUCCGCAAAGGACCCUGCUCCGGCACAUCGUGGAGACCGUCCACCUAAGCGCUCCGUCUACGAUCACAAUAAACUCGAACUAGACGCGCUCGACGGUGUGUUUGACGAUGGCGAAAUAGAGAAGAAGAACAACACAUGCUGUUACAGCAUCAAAAGUGGCAACAAGGACCCUCCGCUCCUGCUCAACGAAGACUUUUACGCGCUGGACCAGAACGAACUUAUUUCGCGCAACCCCAGUCAGAAACAAGAGAUGAAUCAUCAGCAGCAAGCAGAAUCCUUCGGUCUCGGAGCUCCUGUAGGGCAACAUCAGCAGAAACACAAAUCUACAACUUCCGUGGACCGUACGGAGACACGGUGGUCCCGCCUAUUUGAAGACGACGAUGUUAUUUCGGAACAUUUCAAAAAACAGGAACAAAAUAAGAACUUGUUUGAAGGCCAGCACAGCAGGGUUGUUGGCGACGAUUCGUCACGUAGUAGAAGUUCCUGCUCGGAUGUCGACAUGAUGGAUUUCGACGACUUAGAGGAGGUUGUGUGUCCACAGAGGCGCAUAAGAUCGACAGCGCGAGGCGAGAAAGAGAACAAGCCGACCGCGUCGCCCAAACAGACUACAAGCAACAAAAAGCAGAGUGCUGGCGAAGAUGAAGAUGAUGAUGGUGAUGGCAUGAUCGAUUUUGACAAUCUCCCUGCGGCGCGACAAGACCAACUGCUCUACGGACGAGCAGGCGGAAAUUAUCGCGACUCGACGCUUCUGGAAGAUCAUUCUCAAAACCAGAACUACACUCCUGCUGGUGGUACUAAAAGUCGACUGCCCGCCUUUGGUAAACCAGCCUACUUCGAUGUCGAAGAUUCUGCGGACGAACAGGACACGACCCUGCCCGAAGUCGCCGACUUCCUCCACGCGUUCCGUAUUGCCCAUUCCCGGGUUCUGCUGACCGUCCUGUCGCGGUUGGUGCUCGAGGUUUUCGGCGCGAGGCUCUUGGAAAAGGUGUGCUGUGAAGAUGAUGUCGAUAGAGAUGGUGUUGAAGAUGAGAACACAAGAACUUCCACUGUGCUGGAAGCCGGCAAGUCCAAGAACCGGACGCCGCGGACAAAAGGAACCUCUUUCUUGGAGAAUGAGGAAAAAGCAAAACGAACAAACAGCAAGUACGAUCUCGCAAGCGACAACAAAAUGGAUGUCGAUGAAGAAUUUCUGGAUCGCGAUGAUGUGCAGAUGGGUGCACCGGUCGGAGAGGAUCACGAGCAGGUCCUGCAAAUCACCAAGAAAAGUAUUCUCGACCACAGCUGCUCAACCGCCGCGCUGGCCUCCUUUGCCGAGUUUCUCGCCAAAGAGUCAUCCUCGCAUGAGCAGGGCGAUAACACGGAAGAAGACGAGAUGGACGUUUUUUCUGGAGAAACUUCUACCUACAGGAAUGAUAGCUUUCAUCCCAAGUUCAACUUUAUCCGUAGUGAAAAAACUCCGGUGGAUAAGGUUGUUGGCGAGGGCGAAGAAGACAAAAGUGCACCACUUGUUCUGCCGGCUUCUUUACCGAGCAGCUGGCUUGUUCAACGGGCUACUUCUUCUACUGCGCCGAGAAAAAUAAGCUGCCACACGAUAAAUCUGCUUCGGACAGCUAUCGGAGCGGAGAGCUUCUGCGACUUAGCAGCGUCGACGAAGGCAGACGGCAUUACUGCGGAGUCGAUAGAAAACAAGGUGUCCCAGGAAAUACACGAGCCUCGGGAAGAAGAAGAGGAAAAGCAGCAGACGAGUACUAUGAUGACGACGAGCAGGACCGGGUGGAGGUUGUUUUCACAGGAGCCACUGUGCCCACCAGGUGGAAAUAUGUUCCACACGAUGAAGAUGACCGCUCAGCAACAAGUGGGUAGUGAACUUCUUUCGCUUUCCUGCAACGCCGACCGUCUGGAUGUCGUUGUUUUGGUCCGUGGCACUGGCACCGGCCGCACCCGCGCCUCCAAUAGCAGUACUCGACCGCUUUCUCCGACGCACAUUUUUGACGGAUUCAGCAUCUUCAGUACGUUGCUGCUCGCGUACGACGCCUGUCUGAAAGCCUACUCCGACGAAACGCAGCUGACGCGGAAGCAAGAAGAUGGCACGCUUGAUGCGCUGGAGCUGGACAAGAACCGCUUUAUUUCAGAGGAAAGCAGGAAGACGAAGAACAAGAAGAAGAAGUACGAAAGCAACGCCAUUGAUCGGCCGUCCGCGCGCACCACCCUUCUGCAGCAGGGCGUCGUCGGAAAGCGAAAGGACGACGGAAAACAGAAAAAAGGCGGCAAGGCAGUAUCUAAAAAAGCAAAAAAAACUAAAACUAGCGACACGGCAAAGAAAAGCGUAAAUGGGAUGAACAAAAGUGCUGGAGGCACCACGAUGGACUUCUACACGGGUGACUUCUUCAAUGACAGGAAGAGUGAACAAAGCGUGCUGCCUGCUCGUGAGUCUCCGCAUGACAAUUUGCAACAGAUAACUGCCGGCACCACCACCUCCACCGCCCUAGAGCUGGAACGAUGCCACAGCUUCUUCCGCACGCAAAGAAAAAUGUGGAGACAGCGCAACAGAGCGGUUUUAGAUUUGGGCGUGCAGGGAAAACAAUGGGAAACUUCGCAUGGGGAGGAAGAUGAUGAAGAAGCUGCGUUUCUUGAACAGGAAUUGUACUUGCAAGCAUUGGAUCUUCAACUCCUACCACGACUGCACCUCCACGCCACCGCGUCGUCCGGAGCAGCUGCAGCUCUGUUCACCCCGGCCAAAGCGACCCAGCUCACCUCCGCGGGCAUUCUUGCCGGGACGAACUACACUGCGCCGCAAAUAAGAACUACAUCACACAACAAGUUGAAGCAAUUUCUUCCGUGGAUGUCGCAAGCCCGGGCGCUCAAUCGAUUCGUAGCGCAACCCGAGGACAUCGCGGUCGAAACGCUGUUUUCCGAGCUGGAAUGCGUGGGGAAGGGGCACUUUGUGGAGUUGCGAACAUACAACAGCAAAAACGGGAAGCAGAAGCUUGUGAAGUAUUUUCAAGAUGACGAGGGAAACGUGAUUGGUGAACAAGAUCAAGCUGGCGCUGGCCGCUUCUUGCAACAGGGCGGGCGAGCGGUUUGGAAUCAUGGCACAACCACGAUGGAGCGAGGCAACAAUCUAGAGGACUUCGGAGAUGACGGAAUGAAGAUGAACCAGGGCGAGAUUUUAUUUACCACGGGAGGUGGAGCAGGUAACCGUAACUUUCACACGGCUCCUGCCAGCACGCCGAAACCGCUACAGGAAGGACAACGCACAACUGCUGUUGGUGGUAAUACGAGCGGAGGGAGAGACGACGUUCCACCACCUCUUCCCUACUAUGCCGAACAAGAAGAAGAAGACUCUGAUCAACAGCUAUUGCAAGCUGCACAGGAUUUUCAGAAUUCCCUAGAGUACUUCUCCGUGAAUAACAUCGACUGGGAGGAAUAUUAUCGGAAAGCCACCGGCGGUUGGAGUGCUGUGCAGAAGUAUAACAGGAAAAAACAAGGAAAGCUCGGCGGAGCAGGUGAUGAUGGAACAAAUAUCAAGGAUGCGAAGGGGAACGUUCAGAAGCGAGAGCAGACGCAGAUCAGCAGGAUGUACACGGCGGACCUGGAGCGGUUUUUCCGGGAGAAGCAGUUAUUGGACCAAGAGAUCGCAAACGGGGGCGAAAAUGUAUCGGAGGAGGAAAUUGACGGCGAGUUGCACAGAUCCCUCAGCCGCAAAUCUUCCAAAGCUGCUGCGCAGGCCCGGGGCCCUGGCGGGAAAUUUGUGAAGGCGGGGGAAAGUAAAUCUUCUUCGACAGGGCACGCGCACGCCGAAGCGGGAGCAGGUAGCUCUUCUCCCAAAGUAGUCCGCCUGGUUAAAAGGCCAGUUUUUCCCUCUGCGCAGAAACUCAGGGACGCAACCGCGCGAAAAAGAGCGGAGAGGCAAGCAGAGCGAGCGAAGGCCACGGCUGCCUCGCAAGUAGCUGGGAGCGGGCGACGCAAGGGACAGAUGAGUGGCAAGGACAAGGGAAAGCUGGCACCUCGGAGAAAAAGGAGCAAGAAGAACGACGACAUAGACAACAGUUUGGAUUUAGACCUGGGCGAAGAAAUAGAAUUCGACCAAGCGCUAGAGCCACGAGAAAAGGAUGAAACGGGUAUGGAUUUCUCCGGGAAGAUCGGGAAUGACGAUGGCAAUAAAGAAAAAGACCACGGUGUUGACGUGAAGAUGAAAGUCGAUCCGGCUUCUACAGCGCCGGAUCAAGCCAGUGAUAACAAGAAGAAGCCCGCGCCUACUUCUAACUUGAAAAAAGCAAAAUCAGCAGCUGCGAAGACAGUGCAACAGAAACCAGCGGCUACAGCUGCGGCAGCUGCAUCAAGUAGGACCACCGCAAGUACAAGCAAGAUGAAAAAAGCAGCGGCCCCCGCUGCAAUGAAGACCAAAAAGAAGACCGCAUCGCAGCAAAAAAUACAAUCGGCGAAUGCGAAGAUGAAACAAACAAAGAAACCGACCGACACCGUGAAGCAGGGAGGAAAAAAUAACGCUCGGAAAAAGAUGGUAGCGGCUGGAAGCUCGAUCCGUAAAAAGGGAGAAACAAGAGAAGCUAGUGCUGGAGCUACUUCUAUGACGAAACAGGUGCUAUCGAUGAAAAGUGUUGGUGGAAAAAUGAAAGAAGAAAAAUCGUCAUCAAAAGGGGCACAGCCUUCGCAAGCGACUCAAGCGAAGAUCAGAUCGAGGCAAGAGUCUGGGAAGAUGACGAAGCAGCCAGUUACAACGACGACCGAAGCUGGUGCUUCUACUGCUCCGCUCGCAGCUGCCCCUGCAUCGUCUUCCUCUGUGCCUGCUACAUCCGAUCCGAAGAACGCGACCGACAAAGCUGCUGGCGGAAGUCUUCACGUGCAGCGAGAUAGAACUAGUGCUGCUACGGGUGCGAACAAUAGCAGGACAACAUCAAAUCGGCAGGCAAACAACCGCGCGUCGGCCAACAAAAGUUCCUCCGGGUCAUCUAGUUCAUCAUCCUCUUCUUCAUCAUCUUCUUCAUCAUCUUCCUCCACACCAGUCGAAGACGAGGAGGACGAUCUGCUAGCCGAUGAUAAGUGAUGAGCAAGAGCUUCUAGCAAUUUGAUCUUCAUCUGUUAGUAGCCGCAUUUGCUUAUUUUAUUCCGACUCUCUCACUCUAGUACAACUAAUCGUAUUAACGUAGUGCAUAUGAAUUUCUAUUCGGAAUACUUAAUUUUUAUUUUUUAGACGAAGAAACUGUAAUUAUGCUGUCACUGUGCUGCUCGUCCUCGUCGCUGUGCACGAUUUUCAUCCACACUCUAACGCAUCGAAGCUUUCACAUCACACUUUUUAAAACUAACACAAAUAAGCAGGCUCAGACAUUUAUCUUUUCAAAAUAUCACAACGAAACAACCAGAUGGAGCUGAAUGACAACGAAAACGCACAAGAUCAUUACAAUUGGAGACAAAAAUGUAGACAUUUUUUUUCUGUACGUAUCUUUUUGAGCAUCCGAGUAUUCAAGUGCUGCAAAUCUGACGAAUACACAGUAAUCUUCAAGCAGAAGAGGAAUGAAUUGUUAUCAGCACUGCAAAAAUAUCUUCAGUAGUUUCAUCAAUUACAACAAUUACAAUUUCCAUAUGAGGAUUACAGUGUGGCUCUCAAACGAAGAUGAGCAAGCAGACGCUUGUGGCAACGAUGAAGAGCCGCGCGCUCGAUUCCGUUGUCAUCUUCAUAUGCGAAUGAACUGCCAUACGUCGGCCACCAACACCAUAAAGAUUUUAGUCAGCUUCACCUGUCAUGAAAUGCCAAGACCAGAACAAAUUUUAUGAAUCAAUUCUCAAUAAUAUCAACUAGAGGAGUUGGUGGACAACAAACAGUUGCAGAGCCAGACGCAGGUAAGGGCGUAGUAUUGGCGAAGCGCAG